GGUAUUUUGUACGGGGUUCUUAUAAACUUUGCGAAGAAGACAGCUUUUCCAUAAUGAAGGACAAACCUAAUUCAAUCAGAACUUAUGAUGCUGAAGGCUAUCGUCUGCGUGCUGCUGGUGUAUGUGUGAAGGAUGAGGAAGAGAAGGAGGUGCUACUUGUGUCAUCGUCAAAGGAGCCCAACAAGUGGGUUGUGCCGGGCGGCGGUGUGGAGCCGGACGAGCAGCCGGACCGGGCCGCCGUCAGGGAGGUCCGCGAGGAGGCUGGGGUCGAGGGUCACCUGGGCCGGUGCCUGGGUGUGUUCGAGGUGAGCAACACGGAGAGGAAGCACCGCACGGCCGUGUACAUCCUGGUGGUGACGUCCGAGCUUCCUGAGUGGGAGGACUCCGUGAACAUCGGCCGGCGGCGGAAGUGGUUUGACUUGGAGGACGCCGUACGGGAGCUGAACGACAACAAGCCCGUGCAGUCGGGCUACCUCAGGUUACUCCUCAAGAGCAAAGAGAAGGAUUCCUGACCAGGCCUGUAGUGCGGCCGGCGGCCGGCGGCUGGCGGGGGCGCCACCGUCGCCGCCGUCAGACGGCGGCGCUACGCUCGGUUGUGGACGGUGCCGAUGGACCCCGCGCCCCGCACUCGACCGGCAGGUGGCGUGGCGUGGCGGGCCUGAGACGACGGGCGGCGCGCGACACGGGACGACCUCGGCCGGGGCUUCCCGGCCCUCACCCGUGCAUAGGCAGAACCGCGCACGACACACGCUCUGGCAGUGGGAGGUCGCGGUUUUGCCCGUGCACGACAUCAGAUCUCGGGGCGCCGCCGGCGGCUGACCAGACGCCGCAGGACCGGACCGGACCGGACCGGACCGGACCGGACCGGACCGGACCGGACCGGGCCGGGUCGGGCCGGGCGCUUAUCUCGUCCGUCGCCUGGUCGACUGACACCCAUCCAGGCAUCGCACUACGGCCGCCCGCUCCGCCGGACGUGGAUAGUUUUGUAUGGAGAGGCGGUAACCGCAUUGCGUGAGCUUCAUCGAAAGUAUAGCUUUUUGAAUUGUUUAUCGGCCGUCGCCGGCUGCGCCUCGCCGCAAGCGGACGACCGCACGGCGCUCUUCAGCCGCUGCACUAAUGCUUGCUCGCGCCCUCGCCGCCGGCCAGGAGCGCCAGUCGGUCAGCGGGCGGACGCACCGGCCCGCCGACGCCCGCGCCGGCCUCGCGCACGGCCGCUGAGCCGAGUGCCGUUUGUCGUUCGACGGUGAUAACAGUGUUGCCAUGUGCAAUAUCGUUUGGCAGGCCCCACGCCGCGAGGCAGCGGGCCAGCGUCAGCUGUUUCGGACGGCGUUUUGGCUGUUGCUGGCACGGCUGUGCCGUCUGGUCUCGUGUCCCUUCGAGCCUUUCUCUGUGAUUUUCCCGUCGGUAUGCUUGCGUUCUGGUGGACCUUCCAUGUGCGUCGCUCGCCACGAAGGCGACUCGGCGCUGUACGAGACGGCGCGCUCUUUUGCACUGACACAGCACGGACAGGCGGCAUCGGCCCGGCAGCGGCCGCCAAGCACGAAGAUCUUCCCGCGGGAGUCGGCCGGUCGGGCCCUCCGGGCGUGGCUCCAGCGGUGUACUCCAGUGUUACGAAACUGAACGCCCUUUAUUUUGCACGUGUUCGUGGUCACUGGGGCGGCGCGGCUGGGUCGCGAGGGGUGUGGUGCGCUGGCGUCGCGGUCGCCCUCCCCAACAGGCGGUCAGUACGGGUUUGGCGCCGCUCUGCUGCGCCAGCGGUGCGCGGGAGCCGGAGCGCCACUAGCGCCGCAUCGUGGCGAGUUUGUGCACUCGAGCUGUGCCGCGCCGCCGCCAAUGGGCUGGCCGUUCGCGCUGCUGUGCCGGGGCUGUGGCUGGGGACGGGCGCGGCCGCUGGAGCAGCGUCACGCUCGGCCGGGGACGGCCGACCGGCGCUCUCACACGCACAGCUCGGCACGGGCGCGCCGUGGACUCAGCACUUCUGUUAACCGGUCAUGUGGCGGUGCUGUUUAUUUUCGUGACGUGGAUUCAAUAUAUGAG